AUGGAGAUUUGGCAUAAGUCCACCGACACAUGGUUCAACUCCAAAGAUCGGUGUCAACAAUCGGCGAAAGGGAUGUUAGAUCGGUCGGUUUCCAAGUGGAAUGAAUCGGCAGACCAUAUACACCAAGUGAUUCGCAUUCAAACCCCGGACAGAGACGGCCCAACGCGACCGACGCAAAUGCAAGACAAUGGCUCGCCACCAUCAUCCCCGGACUCCGCCCAGUCGCCUCGUUCGUCGACAUCGCGAUUCUACUCGGAGUCAACAGGUCCCUCGCAAACAGAUUCGUCUCCAUCUUCAAGAGCUAUCAAGCCAACAUCACUCAUCGGACCUUCGCUAUCGCCUAUCGUGCAGAUAAGAGCAUUCCACGAAUCCAGUGUUACUGUUAGAUCACUGAUAGAGGCAACCCAAAAACUUCGAGAUGAGAAGAAGCAGAUUCUGGGAGAGAUCGAACUAGAUUGGAUCAACUCGACUAUUGUCGAGGCCGAUCAUGAUGCCAGCGAUUUGUCUACAUUUAUGGCACCAUUCUGGGCCAACCAAUAUAAUGGGACGCAGAUCGACUUUUCAAAUCGAAAGAAAUGGACUCGUCGUGACUAUCAGCGUGCACUGAAGAAAGAGUCUCGCAUGAUUCUGUCGCACAGCAGAGUCAAGACAGUUUUUAGUCACCUCGAGUCACUCCAAACGGAAUUACAGGCCAGCAGUGUUGGGCCCAAGGAUGAAGAAUUUAUCGCUGGGCUUGGUAUUUCGGAACUCGCACUUACAACCAGAGUAGUAUCUGUGGUUGAACUUCCUGGUCAAUCUCCGAUGGUGAGAGAUCAAGUUGGAUCGCCUAUGAUUAUUCCAAAGAUUGUUGUAACACAACAUGAUGAUGAUCUAUCUUCUGUUUAUGAGGGAACUCCUCCCCCAAGCUACGAAUUAAAAGCCCAUGAUGUGAACUGA